AUGGCGGACAGCGGGGACUCCGUGUCAGAUACGGUGCGGCAGGUUGUCUCCCUGCUGCCGGAAGAUCUGCAGCCCGGCCCGGACUUCCACGGCUGUUCCUGGGAAGUGGUGAUCUUCACGGUGCUGCUCGGCGGCCUGUCCAUCUUGGCGUUCACCUGCAGAACCGUGCGAUGUAUUAAAAGCAGAUGUUAUGCCGGUCGGGAAUCAAAGCUCGGGGAUCAGAUCAGUGACAUCCUGAACAGCAAAAGCGAAGUUCUAGAAAAGCUGAGCGUUGUACAGAAACAGUAUGACGAGGUCCAGCAGACCCUGCAGGAAUCCGGACAUCAGAAGUUACUGGAAGAGAUCACCGAACAGAAAGCUUUACAGGAGACACUACAGACAUCUAACCGAGAACUGGAGGAGAAUAUUACCAGACUGGAGCAGGAGCUAGAUGGAGAGAGAGAGCGGGGGUCAGAGCUGGACAAUACGCUCUCUGAACUGAAUGAGAAAAUCAAAGCUCUGGAAGAUAGUUUAAAAAGCGAGAAGUCUUUGAAGGAAGAGAUCCGCACAACACGGAAAGUGUUUGAAAUCACCCAAGGACAGAUGGAGUCAUCGGUGUGCGAUGCAGUGGAAGAGCAGGACUACCUACAGGAGAGCAUUAAACAGCUGUCGAAGGAGGCGGAGGGCUGGGAGGAGAGGUUCAGCGAGCUCUCUGAGAACUCCAAGAUGCUGAGCACAUCAGUGCAGGCUAUGGAGGAAGAGCUGAGCAGCAGACAGAGCCAGGUCAAGUCUUUUAUUGACAGUUUGCUGCAACUGAAGGAUUGGAGCUCAGACGUGGAGGAGAUCGGCAAAGAUGAUGAUGAAGAUGGCGUGCUUGCCAGUAUCAAAUGGGAUUUUGAAAAUGGGGAACCUUUAGGAGCUCCUCAGAAGCAAACGAUAAAGAAGCUGAUCUUUGCUGCAAUGCUGAACGCAUCUCUGAAGAGCGUUGAAUCGGAGAAGAAGCAGCUGUAUGAAAACCUCUCUGAUGAAAUUAAGGCCAAAGAGCAUUUUUCAGAGUGUAUCACCAAUCUGCGGAACACAAACCAGUCCCUGUCUCUGGAGAAGACGCAGCUAGAGGAGGAGAUGGAGAAGCUGAAGCAGAAGAUGAGCGUCAUGAUGGAGGUGUACCAGGAAAACGAGACAAAACUGCACAGGAAACUGACGGUACAGGAGAAGGAACGGGUACAGAAGGAGACCAAACUCAACAAGGCAGAUGAGAAAGUCUUCAUGGCCGCCACUGAGCUUGUUACCGUCAAGACCCGGCUGACCGAACUGGAAGAGGAAACGGAGCGGACGGUGGCUUCCUACCAAGGGCAGGUGACAUCAUAUGAAAAGAAAUCUCAUGAUAACUGGCUCACUGCAAGAGCAGCAGAAAGAUACCUGAAUGAUGUGAGGAGGGAAACGUCACAUCUGAGACAGAAAUUAACGGAGGCUGAAUAUAAACAGGAACUCCUGGAGAAGGACCCAUUUGCCCUGGACGUUAUCCAAGCCAUUGGGAGAGCUUACGCAGAUGCCUUUAUUAACCACCCAGAGAGCUCACCGUAUGGAUUGUCUCCAAUCAGCCGCGCACAGGAGAACCGCGCUUUCCUCUCCCCUCCAACGCUUCUGGAAGGACCCCUCAGGCUUUCCCCGAUGCUGCCUGCAGGCGAUAGAGGUAUGCGGCCUCCAGGAUAUUACCCAGGGUACCCUGGGCCCAAGGAGGGAAGUGAUGCUAAUGCAGAUAGAAAAUCAGACCACCAGCGCACGUUAUCUGAUGCUGGGUCUUUAUCACCACCAUGGGACAGAGAGCAGAAGAACAAUGUCCCCCCACCAGGCCUGCCAUACCCAGAGCACCAUUUCCCACCCCGGCGACCGGACCGAUUUUACCAUUACCCGCCACCAUCCGGGCGAUUCUCUGGUCCUGCAGAACUGACCAGAAAUCCGGGCAAACCUUUUAUGGACUCGCUGGAUGGGCGAUCUUCUCCAGAAUAUAAAUCGAGAGGUAACGCCAGCAGGGAUGGGCCGGAAGAAGGCAAUCGCUGCCACUGAGGUGAGGGUGAACAAAUAAUGGAAGGUGAAGCGGUGGAUGGAGCACCAACUGAGUACCCCAUGCAUCCUCCCCCAGCAAUGAGAGUGCCAUUGUUACCCAUGGAUCCUAGAGCGCCUUUCUUCAGGAGACCUUUCCCCAUGCCCCCGCCUCCAAUGGACAUGUAUGGACCCCCAGGCUACCCGGGCCUUCCACCACACAUUGCGAUGAGAGGUCCUCUGCCACCACCUCUGCAACGCUACCCUUAUGCGAUGCCUCCUGAAGCCUUCUACCCCCCACAGCACCUACAUCAUCAUCCUCCUCCCCAAAAUGACCAUCCUUCAGAGAUGCAGCCUGCGCCUCCACCACCCAGCGACUCCGCCUCCCACAACCUCUCCCAAACACAAACUUGACAACGCUCUGCCAGGAAAAGACUUUUUUUCCCCCCGAAUGAUCUCUAGGAUAUUAUAUUUAUAGUUUUUGGUUCAGAAGAUAUUUUAGC